AUGUCUCAAAAGCCAGAGACUACUACAAUCGACGUCAGCAAACCUCAAGUCGAAACCACAGAGUCUAUCCACAAGCACGUUGACAAUUCCGGUGGAAAGGGCAAGGAUAAAGCCGCCGCAUUACUUGCCUCGAACGAACGCAUCAUCGUAACCGAAGCUGAGAACGCACGAGUUCUGAAGAAGAUCGACCUUGUCAUUCUUCCCAUUCUCCUUAGCGUCUACUUUCUCCAAUCGCUCGAUAAAACUACCCUAUCGUACGCUUCCGUGUUUGGAUUGAUCGAAGAUGCGAACCUCGACCCAAAGUCCCAACAGUACUCCUGGCUGGGAAGUAUUGUAUACAUUGCACAAUUGGUAGCGCAGCCCCUCGUGGCCGUGCUGCUAGUCAAGCUGCGCAUGGGAAAAUUCAUGGGCGUUAUGGUGCUUACUUGGGGAUGUAUCCUGUGCGGCAUGGCUGCUGCAAAGGACUUUACUGGGCUGAUGGUAACGCGAUUCUUGCUGGGUGCUUUUGAAGCUGCAAUUGCACCUGCUUUCAUAGCCGUCGUUCAGAUGUGGUACAAGCGUGGCGAGCAAACCAACCGAAACGCAGCCUGGUACGCCAUGCUGGGUAUCGUGAACAUCCUCGGCAGCUUGCUAUGCUACGGUCUCGGACACAUCAACUCGAACCUGUUACACUCGUACCAGAUCAUCUUCCUCUUCUGCGGUCUUCUCACAAUCGUCGUGUCAGUCUUCGUCUACAUCUUCAUGCCGGACUCGCCCAUGGAAGCAAAGUUCUUCACCGAACACGAGCGGCUGGUUGCUGUCGAGCGACUCCGUAUGAACCAAAUGGGUGUCGCAUCGCGUGUGUGGAAGUGGGACCAUGUGCUCGAAGCAUUUACCGACCCAAAGACUUGGCUGUGGUUCUGCAUGUUGAUGGCGAUCAGCAUCCCGAGCGGUGGAAUCUCAGCUUUCGGCCCCUUGAUCAUCCAGAGUUUUGGCUUUGGUCAGUUCCAGACAAUUCUGUUUAACAUGCCAUUUGGCCUUGUACAGAUUGUUGCGACUAUUGGUGGCGCUUGGCUGGCGACGUGGUUGAAGAAGAAGUCGCCGGUUCUGAUUCUGCUGUGCAUUCCGCCCAUUGUCGGCAUUAUCAUCCUCAUGGUUGUCGGACGCGGCCCCUCUCACCGCGGCGUGCUGCUCUUUGGCUACUACCUCACCAGCUUUUAUCCCGGAAUCUCGCCAUUGAUCUACUCAUGGUCAGGCCAAAACACCGGCGGCGACACAAAGCGCAAGGUCACAACAUCCAUCCUCUUCGUAGGCGCCAGCUCAGGCAACAUCAUCGGUCCCCAACUCUUCAAGCCCUCCGAGAAGCCGUAUUAUCGUAAAGGUCUGCGCGCAAACCUAGCCCUCUUCGUCGCCCUCAUCGUUCUCAUUUUGCUUGCCAUGGUUUGGAUCAAGCUCAUGAACCGAAAACAUGCUGCGACACGAGAGAGCAUGGGCAAGUCGGCCGUCGUGAUUGACACGAGUAUGGGGGCCUCGCGAGAAGGCGAUGCGGAAGAGCAUGAGAACCAGACGAGCGGGAUUGGUGAUAAGGCAUUUGAUGAUGUGACCGAUAUAAAGAAUGAGGAUUUCAUCUAUGUGUAUUAG